CUGCAAAACCUAAAACGCGGUUAAUGGAUUAACUAAAAUUUUUUACACAAUGUUUGUAUAUAAGCUUAUAUUCCUUAAUUCUCAUGGAAACAUUGCUUAUGGGACUAAUAUAUGACUGAGCUAUAGAGUAGUGUGGCCGGGCUUAGCUUAUAUAUUAUAAAAUGGUUAUACAUGACUUCAGCCACAUGUGUGUCUACUAUUAGGAUGUUUCGUACAUAGAACAAAGGCAUGUGGACGAAUUAUUCAAACAGUUUUGUACACAUAGCAGUGGCAGUUUAUAAAAGGAGUAGCUAGCGACUUCUGCGCUAGCGGCCAUCUUAAGUUAGGUACCUUCCGGAUCAAUAUUUGCGCGCAGCAGGAAACGGUAAAAUCACGCAGCAUCUUAAAACCUACGUCACCUGAAAUUAACGCCAUGUCUAAUGCAAAAUUAAACAUAUAAUCUGUGACCGCUGGACGUAUAACUAUAAUCUGUGGGCACAGAACAAAUCAAUGUGGUAACUUUGUAAUAAAUUACCAAUAAACCAAAAAGAAGAAGAACUUUGUAAUACAGUCCAUGAGCGUCAGAAAUGGUGUAACGCUUAGUUUUUGCUAAUGCAUUUCACUUUUAUAUUAAAGUUCGCAGGAUUAUUUAAAAAACUAGUGGUGUAAUAUAUUUUUUUACGCUUUAUAUAGGAAUGUAGUGGUUUGCUUUUUCACGUGGCUGUAACUUCUGUUUCUGCGUCGUGAUUUAUGGAUAUUAAAAAAAAUAAUUAGUGGUGUAUAAUCACAUCAAAUAUAUUAAAAAAAAAUGUACCUACCCUGCACUGAUUUCUCUAGUCGCUGAAUAUGGUAAUACGACGUGGACAGCUUUAAAGAUAUGUCAAAUGCCAUGGCUACUCUGUCAGACGAUGAGGACGAUGGUCUGCAAGAUCCUAUACGGCUGUUUCACUAUGAACAAAACAGAGUGCUAAAACAUUCAGAAAUAAACAGUUUCACUAUUGAAGAUUUUGGUUACGUCGAAGAGUUUGAUAUCCACCCAGUAAACUGUCUGCAUUUUGAUAAAGACAAACAACUAGUUCAGAAGAGACUCAACUGUGAUGCUAAGCCUUUAGAGGAGUAUAGUAAUAGUAAUACAAAAGGACAGAACUCGGAAAUAAUAGUACCAACUGGCGGAGAAGCGACAAAUUUGGAAAAUCAAAAUAUUAAUAUUUCUGCAAAUACUGCACACGUGGAAAAACAAUUGGAAACUUCAAUAAUGGCCAAAAGAUCUUAUGAUAUUCACAAAGCUCAACCGGCACGUGAAAUUAACUUUAAAAAAAAUAUAGGACUAACCGGUAUGAAAAUUGUGCAAAAGGAUAUCAUAGUUGAUGAUGAAUCGGAUGACAAUCAAUGUGAGUCUAGUAAAACCCUGAAACGAAAAGCUUAUGAUUCUAAGGUUGAAAAAAAAAAUUAUGACGAUGUUUAUGAAAGGAUUAUUAGCAAGGCAUAUCAAAGAGAAAAAAAUAAUGCAAUGCAUUUUAAUAUUAUCAAGAAAGCAAGUGCGAGUGUAAAUACUAAUAACGUAAUAAAAAAGUUAAAUGACGGUCGCAAACAAUUAGAAGAAGCAAAUAUGUGCCAGAUUAGAGAUAGUAUAGUGCCUAAAAAGAUACGUAGAAGCAAAUCUUUACACAUUUCUUCUUCUGAUAGUUUGACAAAAUGUACGUUACGAAAUUUCGUAGCAGCUGAAGGUAUAAAAAAGGCUGAGAAUGUUGAUAUAAAUACUAGCAAUAGGAUUAAGCAUGCAAAAAUUGUAAAAAGUAAAAGUAUUGCGGCCGUUAUUCAAACUAAGAAAGUCAUAACUAAUGAUGUCACCAAAUCAUGUAGCAAAGAAAAACAUAAAUCAAAUGAAACCAAAAUAAAACACACUAAUACAAAUUUAAGUACUAAAGUUACAGAGUCUCAUUUAACUGUAUCUAAAGUACCUUUAUCGGUUGCUAAAAAACGCCGCAACACAAUAUCUGCAUGUAAAACUGAAGAUAAAAUCACUUCUGCACUUAAAAUUUGUGAUAAAAAAGUAUUUGGAUGUGAAUCUGUUAUUCCACACUAUCAUAGAUUAUCAUUUGAUAAUAAAAUAGAAAAAAUAAAAGGAAAACAAACAAAUGUAGACAAAAGAAGAACAUCAUUAGAUUCAUCUAAAACACAUUCACUGGUUAAUCAGGAAACGUUACAAAAAAACAAUAGAAGAGACAAAGAUUUAUAUGAAAAUCAAAAAGGUGACCUUAAUACACAAUCUCCUUCUCAACCACAUUUACCUAAAAUGAGAUUAAUUACAAAUUAUAAUAGCAGUACCAUACAACCAAUUAACCUUUGUAAUAAUGAUUCAUCACCAAAGUCGAUUCCUUUGAAUAAACCAGAAACACACAGGAAAAACGACAAAAACAUAAAUAAAACUGGCGAAGGUAACAUUAAAACGCGCUCUUUUUCACAAUCAAAUUUACCAUUAAUACCAGUACCUAUAAAUGAAAAUAGUGGUGUCAAAGAAUCCUUAAAAUUAAAUAUUUCUCCACUUCAAGUAGUGCAUGUGCAUAAUCCACCACAAAUACAGUCGGAAGUAGCACACACACAAAUUAUUGGUAAGAAAAAUAUAAAUAAAACUCCUAAAGAUGACAAUAAUUCGCGAUCUCCUUCCCAGUCAAAAUUACCAUUAAUAACGGUACCUACAAAUCAAAAUAAUGGUGUCAAGGUAUCAAUACCAUUAAAUGAUAUUCCUUCACUUCGGGCAGUGUUCCCGCAUAAUCCAUCACAAGUGAUCUCGAAAAUAGCACAAACACACAUCAGUAAUAAGAAAAAUAUAAAAAAAACUCAUAAAGAUGACAUUAAUACGAAACCUCAUUCUAAAUUGAAUUCACCAUUAAUGACAGUACCUACAAAUGAACAUAUUGGCGUGAAAGUAUCAAUACCAUUAAAUGAAAUUCCUUCACUUCAGGCAGUGUCCCUACAUAAUCCAUCACAAGGAGUAGCACAAACACUCGUCAAAAAGAACAAACAUAUUAAUGAAAUUCGUAAAGAUGACACAAAUACAAAAUCUUUCUCCGAGACAAAUUUUUCUUUAAAAAAUAAAAAUAACGGAGCUAUAGAACCAAUCAUGUUAAAAAAUACUGCUAAACCUAAACCGGUACUACUUUAUAAUAAAAUAGAAGAAAUCUCGGAACGGACGUCAGACGUCAUCAAUUUACAGCCUUUUUCUCAGUCAAAUUUACCCUCAAGGAUCGAACCAAUAAAACAUAUCAAUAAUUCUCGACCUAAAGCGAUACCUCAGCUUGAACCAUUUCAAGAAAAUUAUUCAAAUAUUAAUGUAAAUUUAUCACAUACUAUAAAUAAAGGUAUUGACGUUCUUAAAACAGCCCAAGAGAUAAGAGGCUGUAACCCAAUAUCUAGUGGAGGUAUUCCUUCAUUAUUGGACAAAUCCCUACACCCCAGUCGAGGAAGUUAUAACCCACCGAUAUCUCCAAUACAAACUGUUGUAUCCAAUCGACCAUCACAAGAACUUAAACAUUUUUUUUUAAUGCCUAGGAUACCUCAUAGAAAUCCGCCACGAAUACUUCCAUGGCGCACUCCUACUACUUUUCGUUACUUUGAUCGAUAUCCAAUUUUUAAUAGAUUAAAGAAUGCAGGGGUAUUCGAACGGAAUCCAUGUAGGACGCCGACUCAACCUUCAUCAAAUAUUGUUGGACAAGUUAUAUCACCACUUCAAUUGAAUAUUUUUAAUACAAAUAUAACAUCUGUUUCAGAUGAUGAUGAAACGAACAUUGGUGAAAUUAAUAAUAUUAGUAAUGAAUGUCCAGCCGGAAAUUCUGUUGAAAAAACAUCUUCUGCUCAUAGUUCGGGUGUAACAAAUAGUAAUGUGAUUAAAUUACCCAUUAAAGAAUAUUCUUCACCGAUUGCGCCCAUACUGUCUCAUUCAUCUAUAUUAGACAUAUUAAACACUACAGACUAUGAUUUCCCGCUUCUAAGCAAGCAGCCAGAUAAUUGUACAGAAAAUGAUUUUUCGCUUCUAAGCGAGCGGUCCGAUGAAUCUUUGGAACACCUAGAAGCGGAAAGAAUAAAUACAUUUUAAAAAACGUUGGCGAAAUUCUCUCGAAGCAUCUAAAAGGAACACACAUAAAGCUGAUGCUCAAUGUCGAAACAAUUACGAACCAGUCGAGUCCACAAACAUACUUUAAAAUAUUCUUAGUGUAUUCGACUACGAACUAAAAAUUAUUUAUUGUUAUAUAAAAAAUUACAUGAAAAAAUAAAUAACGGCCAAUAAAAUAUUAAAAGCGCCUACAAUAACUGAAUUCUCUAUGUUUUUUUGUUAUCGGACGGAUAUAUUUUAUAUGCUUAUCGAUAGUAAAGUAAUCAUAUUAUUGUUAAUAUUGUCUGAGUAUUUUUUGAAUCUCUGUUUUUUAAGAGGGCCCAUUAAGAUAAAAUAUACAAUUUACAUUACUUACAUUUGAAUCUUGGAAUAAAAUGUAUAAGAAUACAUUUUUUUCACAGUCCGCCAUUUUGUUUUCUGGCAUCAAUACAAACACAUAUUUUGUUAGACAAAAUCUUCCAAAAGUGUGUGUUUUACCGGUGGUAACCGUCACGUAGCUAUUCCGUAAAAAUAUGGCGGACUAGUAGCUUAGCCGAAAUAUUGAAAGCCAUAUUAAUUAAUAGUAAAAAUAUAAAUCUCUUCUUCUUCUAAAACUAAGCGCUAAUAAAAGAAGUUAUAAGCGUGUGAAUUUUUUGAUAAGUUUACAAAUUAAAAUACAAAUUUAAAAUCAAAACCUAUCACAUGUACUUAUGAAGCGUUCCUACUAACAUAUAUAUGUUACCAUUAUUGUAAGGUGAUGGCGAUAGCUACAUUCGUUAACUUAAAAAUUCUAAAUUUAAUUUUUUUUUUAUUCAUGUUGACCUAUCAAAGACACUUAUGAAGCGGUCCAACUUACAUGUUACCAUUAUUGUAAGGUGGUGGCGAUAACUACGUUGUUGUUAAAUUAAAGCUAAAGCUAGCAGAGUUCCAAACGCGGGCUGGCGUAAAGAGAACCAAUAAGAAAUUUAGCAGGUUUCUUUAUUAUUAUCACCAUCUAACAGUCAAUUAAUAUUAAGUUAUGAAGUUAGAGCUAUUAUUAAGUGACAUCUCAUAGAUUUCAUCCGGUAAUUUGUUAUAAAAUGAUUUCAAUUUAGUUGUUCGUUACAUUGUUUAUCUAAAAUAUAUUCUAAUAUUUAAAAAUAAAAUAUAAAAGGGAGUUUAUGUAAAAAAUUGGACAAAAGGGGUUUAUGCGAAAAUGUAUAAGACGUUUUGUAAGAUAUUAUAUAUUCAUAAGAAUAAUUUAUAAUACCAGUAUAGAAACUCUUGCUGUAAGGUUUAGAACCGUUUCAUAUAUUUUGCGCGCUUCACAUCGCGUUUAUGCAUUUUUGCCCAGUUUUUAUCGGCUUUUGCAUGCGACAAAAGGCUCGUAUAAAAUAGAGAUAAACGUUGGCGAGAGUAGCAACGUGACAGUUCUUAUUUUGAUCCUCGACAAGAAAUGUCACGUGAAUGUGGAGCUGGCUUUAGACGAGUUCAAAAUCACGGUAGUAAGAUUGCUUUUGUAUUAAGGCGGGGUCCGUACAACGGGCAAUCCGUGGCAAGGCAAAGUGGUAGCGUAAGCGAUGCCUUGCACAAAUAUGUCUGAGACUUUCCUGGCGAUCUCGGAGAUCGUAUGCAAGCUCGAGCGCUUUCACCAGUUAGUUCACUCGCGUAAGUCUUGCGUUUUACUCUUUUGCUAUACUGUUUACAUAUCGUCAGCCAGAAGCGUAAUGCGUUUUAUUUUCACAAGUUUCUGAUAUGGCAUUCUACUUGCAUGAGCUCUACGAUGCCACGUCACGAUGCAAAUGAGUCUUAGCGAUCGAUCGCAGCGACUGAUUGCAUGUGUGUGGAACAGUGGACGGAAGUUUCGAAGCGCUGGAUCGCUGAUAUCUAAGUGCAAUCGAUCGCUGCAAAGGACUGCCUGUAAAUGGGGAACUUGACUUUUUGGUAAACAAACGUAAACUUAUUAUAUUAAUCUCAAGCUCGCACGCACACUUCUAAUAUUUUCAGUUAAGUUAUUAGAAGUUAGUAGUAUUAUGUAGAUGCAUCUUGCUUUUGAUUUUAUAAAGGAUGGAAUAUAACUUUACAGAACUUUAAUUUGUAAGUGCCCUAUGUGCGCGCACAAAGAUUUUAUCGUAUGCCCUACUUUUUUGGAAUAUGUCAGACAUGUAUUAUUGUCUUGGGCCGCCAAGCCACAAUUUAUAGGCUAAAAAAAUAAUUAGAACUAUAAGCUCGUAUUAGUUUUGGAAAGAAACGAAUUAUUUUUUUUGGAAUAGUUUAAUAUUUGCUAUAAUAUUGUACUCUUAAUUAAGAUGUGAAGUAGCUAUGUGUAUUUUGGAGACUGUGAAUGGCGAUUGGACAGCUGUUUGAAUCCUUUGCGCUCUGUCGCUAGUUCCAGGUUGCAUUCUUGGCGAUUCAAAAUAAUUGAGUCACUUGACGCUCGUACGCAAACACUGUAGAUCUCCAUAUACGAGACAAUGUGAUAGAUUUCAUGUGGAAGUCCAUAUACCUCAAACGUCAGCAACUUGGGAAAUUGCAAGCAAUCUGGUGCAUUUUCCCCUGCAAGAACCGUCGUGUAAGUAUGUGGUACUAUUUGAUCAUGCUUUUUGCACUAGUUACCGUGGCAUUCUACUUGAGCGAACGCCCCGUCCAAACGAGGCAUAGCGAUCGAUCGCUGCGACCAAUUGCUCGUGUGUGAACGGCAGUUUUAAAGCGAUAUCGCUGCGUUUAGCUAUAUUAUACUUAUGUUAAUAUUUUAACAUAACAUAUACUUUAAAAGAAGAAGCGGUGAUAGCCUAUUGGUUAGGGCUAUAUAUUAAUAAUCAUAAUAACUC